AUGUCUGCUUCCCCGAUCGCCAUCGAUCAGGCAAAGGCUACAGUGCGACUGAGGAAUCGAGAUGGCAGUUACAAAGAAACACAAGAAGCCGACGUGUUUGAGGCCAGUGGCGGAAUGCCGAAGGACCUUGUGGAUGAUGAAAGAUGGCUCCAGAAACCAUCUAAGAAGAAGACCGAGAGCUACGAAUUUUCAAUCCAGUCUACAAAUAGAACCCUCAUCACAGACAGUACAACAUCAAGAAACAAUGUCAUUUGGAAUCCCAGACUUUCCAACAUUAAACACACAAACAGCACCAGGAUCCCGACAUCUCCUCAUAUUGCAUUUAAGCUUGCCGCAAGGGCAUGCAAGGCGGAGAGGGGAAAGGGCGCCGAUAACGCAAAGGCUUUCAGAAACAAGUUGGGCAUGACCUCGAUGCAGCAACUAACGACCGAAAGUCAUAUCCAAGGUCUUUAUGUCGGCGUCUCUGCUGUCGAUUGUGUGCCUGUCGUCUUAUGGAAAGGGUUUCAUUGGAAUGCAGAAGUAACCGACACAGAUGGUCUGGAUUCUUUCGAGUUGGAUGUUCAGUCGGGUGACGUUACCGGCGGUAAAGACGUCAUUUGGCUGGAAAACAUGCUGAUUCCGGGAAACAUUUCAUAUCUCAAGUCUGCGCUUGGAAACAAACUACAAGGUGAAGCGAAGCGACGUUUUCUACAGAUUAUGAAGCGGGAAAGCAAUCUUUUGGAGGCUGGCUCUAACCCUGCUGGUGUCGCAAAAACACUUCCUUCAGCCGUGUUAGCAGAGCGGAAGCCUGCGAUAUGCCGAUCUGUCCAUCAAGGUCCAACCUACGACACCCUCCAUUUCAAAAUGCAGUAG